UGGGCUAAAUAACCCGAGCAGGGCCGCCGACUCGCUGACAUCCGCUCUCCCCGCCCACGUCGUGCGCACGUCGUCGCCAGCCUCUCCCCGGUCUUGCGAGGUUCUUUCUUCACAGCUGGACUGCUCGUGUUUCUCAUUCUCUUCCGCUGGUGGUCAAGUGCCAAAACGGCUUAUCCAUCUUGUUGCAUGCCGUCGUUGGCAGCAAUGAGUGUCUGAGCUGAACGCUCCCCGGGAUUGCGACUUCGCGUCCACUACGACCUUAAAGUCCAUUCCAGCCCCGACCAGCGAAUUCCUGUUUGGGGUUUCCUUUUCAGUCCGUCGUUGUCCUCGCGAUCGUUAUAGAGGCUCCCGGUGGAAAUCCCCUUGCCUCCUCCUUUCUCUCUCGCUUACUUUCGGAAAACACAAGAAGUGUCUCAAUCGUUUAGGCAUCAUACCAUGGCUUCGGGGGUUCCGGACGACAUUGUGCAGAGCCCGGGGCUGGUGUCCCCAGCAAGCCCAACAUCCUCGGCGGGCGAGAUCCCACUGGAGCAACCCCCGAAGCUGAAGGGCCGCAAGAGACUCUUGCAGAGCUUGCAGCGCAUGUCCUCCAGUCCCUCAUUGGCUCCACGCACGCGGUCUGCCUCGACUGGUUACCAGCGUGGUGGGAAAGCUUCCAUGUCAUGUAUCUCGCUGGGAUCUUCAUCCUAUACGGCAUGUCUGGGCAAUGGCAGCUCUUCCCAGCUCUAUCCCGGGCUAAACGUCCGGCCCACCGCUUCCAAUGACCAGCGUGCGACGUCUCCAGAGGGCAGCGCCCGCAUUCGUCUGGUAGGACCAGGCUCGUCUCCCAAUGUCUCUCAGUCCAUGACCGUCCGUCUACCAGCAGACGUGCGACCUGCCUCUCGAGGAGCGCAGGUUGAGAAUGACAACGCAAAGAAAGGGGCUGCACAGGUUGAAGAAGAGACCACGGUGCAGCCUGUCGUGCAGCCCGUUGAAGAACAUGAAGAACAGCAAUUCGACUUCUGGAAGGAAAUGCCAGAUGAACUGAAGAUGAAGAUCUUCCAAUAUCUUACACCGCAGGAGAUCGUCCGAUGCUCCACCGUCUCCAAGUCGUGGCAUGAGAUGUGUUUUGAUGGCCAGCUGUGGACCAGCGUUGAUGCCUCUGAAUACUACAGCCGCAUCCCCAGCGAUUCUCUCGUGAAGAUCCUCACUUCAGGUGGGCCGUUCAUUAGGGACUUGAACCUUAGAGGAUGUAUUCAACUGCGAGACAAGUGGGCUACUGACGGAGAGACAAUAUCUGCUGCAUGCCGGAACUUGGUCAAAUUCUCCCUAGAGGGUUGUCGCAUUGACAAGACAUCUGUCCAUUGUUUCCUCCUGCGUAACAACCGACUCGAACAUGUGAACCUUUCUGGCCUUCCAGCAGUCGGCAAUUCAGCUAUGAGGAUUAUCGCUCAGGCGUGUCCCUAUCUCGAGACGCUGAACGUGUCAUGGUGUACUAAUGUCAAUACGAAAGGUCUCAAGAAGGUCGUGGAGUCAUGUACACGGUUAAAGGACCUUCGUGCGGGUGAAAUCCUUGGUUUCGAUGACGAGGAAUUUAUGCUACGACUCUUCGCGACUAACAAUCUGGAGAGGCUCGUCAUGCACCGGACGGAUGUGACUGACGAUAGUCUCAAGGUUCUGGUCCAGGGUGUCGAUCCGGAAAUCGACCUCCUGACCGGCAGACCUAUUGUCCCGCCGCGAAAACUAAAACAUCUCGACCUCCAUCACUGCACCGGGUUAACUGACGCCGGCGUCAGAGCUCUCGCGCACAACGUUCCGGACCUUGAAGGUCUCCAGCUCUCCCAGUGCUAUGAGCUAAGUGACGACUCGGUUAUCGACAUCGUCCGCACCACUCCCCGGUUGACCCAUCUCGAUCUUGAAGACCUGGAUAAGCUCUCGAACCAUGCCUUACUGGAGAUCGCCAGGUCGCCUUGUGCUGAACGCUUUGAGCAUCUCAACGUCAGUUACUGCGAGAGCCUGGGUGACCAGGGAAUGCUUCAAAUUCUCAAGAGCUGUCCAAAUAUCCGAUCAAUUGAGAUGGAUAACACUCGGAUUUCGGACCUCUCCCUUAUGGAAGCUAGCUCUCGAGUACGCCGACGCGGCUACGGUGACAAGCCGCCAAAAGUGGGCCUGCGACUGGUGGUAUUCGACUGCGCCAAUGUUACCUGGGCUGGCGUGAGAGAGGUGCUUUCCAGCAAUUGCUACAUUCCUCGUUCUCGCAAGAACCUUGCGACGGCGGUGAUUACUGUGACGGAGACGACGAACCCCAACGCGUCAGGGACCUACACCACUCUCUCCACGGCGCCCGCCCUUCAGAUGCCCAAGACCUACCCCAACGAGAUCAUCCAGCUCAAAUGCUUCUAUGGCUGGCAGAUGACGGUUGAUGAGCAUACCAAGCGGGUCCUGCGGGGAGAUCUCGUCUCUGCCAGCCGGUUGGACCGCAAGUGGGCUGAUUACAUGAUGGUCACGGAGGAAGCUGGUGCUGGUGGUGCCGGUGCCAGGAGACGGCGCCGUCGCGCUCGUGAAGUCGAAAGAAUAUAUAAUGCCGACGAAGGGGACGGAGAGGCUCUUGGUAUUGGAGGCUUCGGGCCCAUUGUCGGUGGAGCUAGAAGGAGGGCACGGAGCGGCGGCUGCAUUGUUAUGUGAGAAGAGUGCAGAUUCCGCUAAGAUAUUUCUCUC